AUGGCAUCCUACUUCUACACGAACUUCAUCUUUGCGCUCUUGUAUGCACUCUUUGUCAUUCAAGCCUUGAAAUUCAGUCACUCCAAUGCCUUAACAAAUGUAAGCUGCAUUGGUGCCGAGAGGGAAGUUCUUCGGUUCAAGCAGAAUCUAACCGAUCCUUUGAGAUGUCUGUCAUCAUGGACUGGCAAGCAUUGUUGCGAGUGGGAUGGAGUCAAAUGCAACAACAGGACUGGUCACAUCUUGGAGCUCCAUCGAGAACAGUGUGAUCUAGGAGGUAAGGUUCUUCCUGCUCUUAGCGAAUUGAAGCAUCUGAAGUAUCUAGGCCUUGGUAGGAACAAUUUCAUUGGUCAUCUACCCGGCCAAUUUGGGGAUUUCAAAGAUCUUGAAGUCCUUGAUCUUGAAUCUAACUUGAUUUCAGGUCCUAUUCCUGCCACUAUGGGUCAAUUAUCAUCUCUAAGAUAUUUGUUCCUUGAUGAAAAUAAUUUGAGUGGGAACAUUCCAGAAAGUAUAGGGCAACUAUCCAAUCUAAUAGAUUUGGACUUUCGUAAUAAUCGAUUGGAUGGAGUUGUCAGCAAACUUCACUUGGCAAAUCUCACCAGCUUGACCUAUUUUAUGUUAUCGUUGAACAAGCUUGUUAUAAAUAUUAGUGCAUCUUGGGUUCCUCCAUUCCAAUUAAAAAUGAUUUACUUGUCAAGUUGCAAGGUAGGACCAGAAUUUCCAAAUUGGCUUCGAACUCAAAGGAACAUUUGGUCCUUGCACAUGUCAAAUGCUGGCAUCGCAACUGAUGUUCCCCAUUGGCUACCCGAUGUUUUAAGUAACAUUAGAGAGUUAGAUCUCUCGAGCAAUAUGCUCAGAGGCAACAUAUUCGAAAUUGUUGGAAAAAGGACACCAAUAUUAUCUCAACUGUCACUUUCUGGAAAUAACCUUACUGGUGACAUUUCAAAUUUUACAUGCAUGUUUGAUGAAUUUAAGUAUCUUGAUCUCUCUAAGAACCAACUAUCUGGAAGACUUUCACCAUGUUGGGGGUUGCAAUCUUCUUUGUUUUGGAUUUCAUUGGGUGACAAUAAGUUAAAUGGUCAUUUUCCAAGCUUUCUAUGUGCAUUGGAUGAUUUGCAAGUUCUAGGCCUCCAUAAAAAUGGCUUGAAUGGAGUGCUUCCAGAAUGUUUAAUAGGACUAUAUUCCUUGGAAAUCCUUGAUCUCGGUGACAAUUGGUUCGGUGGUAGAAUACCUCCAUUUAGCAAAGGAUUUAAGGUCAUCAAUCUUGAGAGAAAUUACUUCACCGGGGACAUUCCUUGGCAAUUAUGUCACAAUUUUGAACUCCAAUAUCUAAGCCUAGCGCAUAACAACCUCUCUGGAGGCAUUCCUCCUUGUUUUAGCGACUUCUUGCAAAUGUGGGCCGAUUCUAGUUUUGGUGGGUAUCCUAUGGAUGGUGUGAGGAGGCUUUUCUUUGUUAUGGUGGUUAAUAUAAAAGGAAUAAGCUUGGAAUUCACCACGUCGCUCCAAUAUUUGUUUUCUAUUGACCUUUCAAGCAACGCACUAGAAGGACAAAUACCGGAAGGGCUAACUAGGCUUGUUCAACUUCAGAAUUUGAACCUCUCUCGAAAUAAGCUGAUCGGGAAAAUCCCUUUAGAUAUUGGCAACUUGAGAUAUUUGGAAUCUCUUGAUCUAUCCAAUAACAAGCUAUUGGGUGAAAUCCCUAGCAUAUCCAAUUUAUACUUUCUAAGUCGUUUGGAUCUUUCCUUCAACAAUUUAUCUGGUCCUAUUCCAUCAGGGAAUCAACUAAGCACUCUGGAUGAUCAAUCUGUUUAUCGUGGCAACCAUGCACUUUGUGGAGCUCCUCUUUUGAAAGUUUGUUCGAGAGAUGAGCAUAAUGAAGGUGACUCAAGGUGA